UGAGGGGCCGGAAACGCGCCGCCGAGGGUGCGGCCCUGAGGAGGCGUCGGGCCGGGCGGGAAACGUUAGGCGAGCGGCCCCGGGGGCGAGGGGGCCGAGCGGGCGGGGAGGGCCUCAGGCGAGCUCUGCCCGGAUGAAGAACAAAGCGGCGGGGCAGGCGCUCGCGCCCCCCGCGCAGCCGGCAGGUUGGGCAGCCCCCCUCCCGAAGCUUCUGGAGGAAAGGCCUCGGGUGUCCCCCGGCAUGCCCCAUCCCAUGGCGGGGUGCGCGGCCACCGGCCGUCGGGAGAAGUCGGGCGGCCCCGGCCGGCCCCGGGGACGAGUGGCCGCGUUGGUCCAGCGGUUGUAGACAAGAUGCGGUAGCACGUGACCCUGGAACGCAAACCCAGAUGCCGGUUCCCCGCUACCCCUGCGCUCUUUUCUCUGACACUUGGCCCCUAGCAGAUGCAUCACAGGAUGAAUGAAAUGAACCUGAGCCCAGUGGGGAUGGAGCAGCUGACUUCAUCCUCUGUGAGCAAUGCCUUGCCAGUCUCAGGAAGUCACCUGGGGUUGGCUGCCUCACCCACUCACAGUGCCAUCCCUGCCCCAGGUUUGCCAGUGGCAAUUCCAAACCUGGGUCCUUCCCUGAGCUCUCUGCCUUCUGCCUUGUCUCUGAUGCUCCCAAUGGGUAUUGGGGAUCGAGGGGUGAUGUGUGGGUUACCUGAAAGAAACUACACCCUACCUCCACCACCUUACCCUCACCUGGAGAGCAGUUACUUCAGAACCAUUCUACCUGGCAUUUUAUCUUAUUUAGCUGACAGACCACCUCCUCAGUAUAUCCACCCCAACUCUAUAAAUGUUGAUGGUAAUACAGCAUUAUCAAUUGCCAAUAACCCUUCAGCGCUAGAUCCCUAUCAGUCCAAUGGAAAUGUUGGAUUAGAACCAGGCAUUGUUUCAAUAGACUCUCGCUCUGUGAACACACACGGUGCCCAAAGUCUUCAUCCCAAUGAUGGCCAUGAGGUGACCUUGGACACGACAAUCACUAUGGAGAAUGUUUCUAGGGUUACCAGCCCGAUCUCUUCAGAUGGAAUGGCAGAGGAGCUUACAAUGGAUGGUGUUGCAGGCGAGCAUUCCCAAAUCCCAAAUGGCUCCAGAAGUCAUGAACCUCUGUCUGUGGAUUCUGUGAGCAACAACCUUGCAGCAGACACUGUAGGACAUGGUGGUGUGAUACCCAUUCAUGGGAAUGGCCUGGAGCUCCCCGUGGUCAUGGAGACAGACCACAUCGCAAGUCGGGUCAACGGGAUGUCUGACAGUGCCCUCAGUGACUCCAUCCACACUGUGGCCAUGAGCACCAACUCUGUAAGCGUGGCACUCUCUACCUCACACAACCUCGCCUCCCUAGAAUCUGUUUCCCUCCAUGAAGUGGGCCUGAGCCUAGAACCUGUGGCUGUUUCCUCCAUCACCCAGGAGGUUGCUAUGGGGACAGGUCAUGUAGAUGUAUCUUCAGACAGUCUUUCUUUUGUACCAUCUUCACUGCAAAUGGAAGACUCCAAUUCAAACAAGGAAAACAUGGCAACCUUGUUUUCAAUUUGGUGUACUCUCUGUGACCGAGCCUAUCCCUCAGACUGCCCUGAUCAUGGACCAGUGACUUUUGUUCCGGACACUCCAAUAGAGAGCAGAGCAAGGCUUUCUCUCCCAAAGCAGCUUGUUCUCCGCCACUCAAUUGUGGGAGCAGAAGUUGUUGGUAUCCUUCCACUGAUAGGUGUAUGGGCAGGAGAAACCAUUCCUGUGCGGACUUGCUUUGGGCCUCUUAUUGGCCAGCAGAGUCACUCCAUGGAAGUAGCAGAAUGGACAGACAAAGCAGUUAACCAUAUCUGGAAGAUAUACCACAACGGUGUCCUAGAAUUCUGCAUCGUUACAACUGACGAAAAUGAAUGUAAUUGGAUGAUGUUUGUGCGCAAAGCCAGGAAUCGGGAAGAACAGAAUUUGGUGGCUUAUCCUCAUGAUGGAAAAAUCUUUUUCUGCACCUCACAAGAUAUCCCACCUGAAAAUGAACUGCUUUUUUAUUAUAGCCGGGAUUAUGCUCAGCAGAUUGGUGUUCCUGAACACCCAGAUGUACACCUCUGUAACUGUGGCAAGGAAUGCAAUUCUUACGCAGAGUUCAAAGCCCAUCUGACCAGCCACAUCCAUAACCACAUUCCUAGCCAGGGCCACAGCAGCAGCCAUAGGCCAAGACACAACAAAGAAAGGAAGUGGAAGUGCUCGAUGUGCCCCCAAGCAUUUAUCUCUCCUUCCAAACUUCAUGUCCACUUUAUGGGUCACAUGGGUAUGAAGCCCCACAAGUGUGAUUUCUGUAGCAAGGCUUUUUGUGAUCCCAGCAACCUGCGGACCCACCUCAAGAUACAUACAGGUCAGAAGAACUACAGGUGUACUUUGUGUGACAAGUCUUUCACCCAGAAGGCUCACCUGGAGACCCACAUGGUCAUCCACACGGGCGAGAAGAAUCUUAAGUGUGAUUACUGUGACAAGUUGUUUAUGCGGAGGCAGGACCUCAAGCAGCACGUGCUCAUCCACACACAAGAACGCCAGAUCAAGUGUCCCCAGUGUGAUAAGCUGUUCUUGAGAACAAAUCACUUAAAGAAGCAUCUCAAUUCUCAUGAAGGAAAACGGGAUUAUGUCUGUGAAAAAUGUACAAAGGCUUAUCUAACCAAAUAUCAUCUCACCCGCCACCUGAAAACCUGCAAAGGGCCCACCUCCAGUUCAUCAGCACAAGAGGAGGAAGAAGAGGAUGACUCGGAAGAGGAAGAUCUAGCAGACUCUGUGGGGACAGAAGACUGCAAGAUUAACGGUGCUGUAUAUUCAGCGGAUGAGUCUCUCUCUGCACAUAAAUAAAAGAAAAAAGAAGCAAGCGAUUUUGUAUGGAUAAUGCAAAGGGAAAAACACAUAACCAGAUAUCCACUACAGUGGUUUUUUAUAUAAAGUGGUUCCUGAUUUCUUUUCAGCCAGUAGUCAAAACAAACUUAAUGGGAAUGGAUAAAGCACUUAUAGAAGAGUAUCCUAAUGAAAACACUUUAAAACAUUGGGAAAAGAGAGCAUGUAUCCUAUUUUUAAGUGAUGAAUGGGGAGGAAAGUGUCAACUUUUGAGGUCUGUUUCUUAUAUACGUGAUAAUCUGGGAGAUGCAUUUAUGCCAGAAUCAGAGCUGUCUUCUGCCCAUAUUUAUUGCAAGUUCUUCCAUUAUUCCAUUUCCUCCUCGUCCUAUGACUUGGCAACACUCUAAACUUGGUCCCUGCACCAUAGCCAUCCCGAUUGCUGAUUGUGUUUUAUGCAGAUUCUUGUGACUUACACUCAUCCCAGAAUGGGUUGGAACUCAGCAGUGUGUUAUUUUGCAGGUAACAAGUUUAAAGCAGCACCUGCCUUAACCUCUCUUGGCUACUUGGGAGUUUAGGGUAGAUCUUGCUUCCCAAAUUUUCAGCAGGUACCUAGAGGGCAAAUUAAAAAGGACAGGAAGUUAAUAGGUAGUGAUGGGAGAAGAAAAGGAGAAAAGCCUGGCUACUAUCCAAGAAGCUAGAUUUGAUGGAAGCCAGAGCAAAUCACCUGGUUAUGGUUACAUAUUGUUACAAAGUCAGAGGCUUAGACUUGUGUCUCUCUGACUCCAGGAAAGCCUCCAGCCAUUCAGACAAAGGGGACCUGGAGGUCUAGAGAGCCCAAAUAAUGCCUGCUGGAUUGCCUCCUGACAGCAAGUACAUGUGGACUCACCUGACAAAGUGGUACCUCAGCCCAUGGAAGGGAAAGAAGGGUUUACCCUAUGGAGAGUAUCAAGACACCAUUAAAAUGUUGCCAAUUCAGAACAAAUGACUCCAAAUGCAUUGGUGUGUUUGCAUAGUUAGGCCUUCCCAGUUGUCUCUGUGCUGAAGAACCUCACCAGAGAAGCAUAGAAGAUGCCAGAGGAUUUGGAAGGUAAAGAAGGCUUAUGGCACCACUUGGGUCUGUUUUCAGGUUCCCAGCUUAAUUUAUCCAUCCACCUGGGCUUUUGUGUCUCCCAUGCACAUACAACUUUUAGAAAGAAGCAGACCCAUCCUUAAGUUGACAGAGUUGAAGGAAUGUGCGCUCUUGCUCAAAGGCACAACCUGUGGGCUGGAGUAGAGGACUCUGGUGGGAAGGUUUUGCUGCUAAUGUAUUUGUGGAAUGAAUGUAUUUCAUUCAAAUCUGUAUUCCUCUAGGAAGGAUUAAAAUAAAAACUUUUUUAAAAUA